AUUCCCUUGACUGCCGGUGCUCAACUCCUCUUGAAAAGAAGCGAAACUCAACCGUGUGUGCUGCUGGAGUCCGGCUCCGGGCAAUACCUCUGUACUUCCUUGUGUUCAUUUUCGCUUCAUUCCUUCCGUCUCCCAUUCAAGGUGUUCUUUUCUUCUUGUCCAGUGAACGGUCGCUCGUUUCCUUGAAGACAACGACCUCUUUUUCUCUGCUCUGCCGUCAAAUUCACCCACUGGCCGUCACUCCCCGUCAGCAGUAGCAGCAGCUCCGCCUGCGGUCUCCACAGAGAGUCUCGACGCGUUUCCCCUCUGAUUCAUCCCCUGCUUUCCUCCGAGCUUCUUUCUCUUCCUCCAGUUCUCUCCACUUGUCUUUGUUUUCCUCGCUUCGUCUCUCCUCGUCUCCCUGUCUCUCCUCUCGGCUUCCUCUCUCUCCUCUUCCUCUUCUGCUCUGUCCCCCUUCUCUUUUUUUCACUCCAUUUGCCUCUCUUUUUUCCUCUCCUUGCGCUAAACGAUGGCAGCUCGUAAUCCUGGGCCUGUGUUGAAUCCACCCCCCAUCGCGUUUCCUUCCUUCAACCGCCGCUGUCAAAAAGACUGGCUAGCGAGGCGCGCCUUUGCGGAGAACGAAGUCAACGGAAGAAUUUACAAAAAUGUCUACCAAAACCUCGGAUUCAAGGGACCCAUUCCAAUCCUCAAUAAGGUCGGUCAAUAUCGCAUUCGCAUGCGCUGCAUUUCUGGCGGAUACAGUCGAGGCAUCUUCCGCUUCACGCGCAUGGCCCGAAUGGGAAUGCUCCAACUCGCUCGCGAAGGCUGGCUGAAGAAAUAUGGCUACCGCCCCGGACUCUUCCGAUAAAUGUCUCCACUUC